AUGGGAGAGAAGAUGGCUGAAGGAGCCUGGAUUUCUAGACUAGAUUUUGAGGAGGAGUCCACAAGCAAGCCGUAUUUUUCCCUGGACAUUAUGAGAUGUAAGAUAUGUCUUGAGGUUUUCUAUGUGAAGCACCAUGAAAGUCAUCCAUGUUUUUCAAAGAACACGGUUGAACAGCACCACCAAAAGGAAGAGGACAGAGAUCUAUUGGAAGAAUCUUCCAAAAGUGAGGAGAAAAUAGUAGACAUGCCUGACCAUAUUUUUCAAAAUCACGAGGACAGACAUCUGGAAGAGGCUCUCAACAUAAAACCUGUGGUUAAGAAAGUCUGGAGGUUAUCGUAUGUGAUGUUACUCGAAAGGGAAAACCUGUUUUGGAUGGACGGAUAG